GCGCUUCAAUGCGAAAGUCUUUUUAGAGUCACUGUAACUCACAUUUGCUACCAUCCAUCUCUGCAGGCAAAUUUCACGUUUUUGUGUCUGUGUCGAUUUUUGGAAAGAAAAGGACUUGAAAAACAAUUGGAAAAGAGAUAAACAAUUUCCGUCGAUCUCGAACCCAGAGUCUUACUAGCGCCUUCGUGCUUUGUUGUCCAAGCCUAGACUUUUUGAGUUUUUAUUUUAUUUUCGAUCCAGAGCAGAGCGUGCUGUAACGAACGUCGCGGCGACGUGGUGUCACCACUAAUCCACGCAUCUUCAAUGAUCAAGUCCCUACUCAAUGGCGCGUGCCGAUUCCUGAAUGACCCAGAUAUCCUGGUCACAGCUUUUAAGCGUUUCUACAUUUGAUUGCUGUGAUCUGGUUUUCUGUUUCAUUCUCUAUAUCUAAAAUAAAAUGGAUAAAAACACUUCCAUUGGACGUCUGGCCCGAGUCACGUGACAUCUGACCAGACGAUCGAGAGGGACUGGAAUAAGAUUUAAGGUGCCUAUAACAGCAGUGGCGGCGGUGCUUGAAGAUGAAGUAAAACUCACUACUGUGCUUGCAAGCGUGUGCGCAGAAGGGGUGCCACUACCAUGACGAUGACAAAUCGAAUGCGCAUGUUGAUGAAACAGCACGGCACGUAACUGGCAUGCCAUUUAAACCAAUGAGAGCGCAAAAAAUUAAUGCUCAGCCAAUGGAAAUGUGUGUACACGGUAACGUCACGAUCAUGGCCGUAACUACAGAGAGAAAAUGUACUUCGUAAUGAAAUGAAAUUAGAAUAAGUUGUAGAGUUAUUGGAAGAAAGAAAAUAUGAAAGAAUGGGAGGAUAGGUGGAUGAAAAGAAGCAAAAAUAACAAAGGUGACUUAUGAAAGUGUAACCUGAAACACCUUACGGGCUUCCUGUGGUUUAUAUAACACAGGCAACCCAAUAGUGUUGAUAGCCGACAUGGCGGAUCUAGAAGAAGAAGAAGGAUCGUCCUUCAACGUUAGAGAUAGACUUAUAUCACCAACACAUUCAAGUACAAACGCUACAAAWCUUGAUGAGGAAUUUGAAUUAAUCCAACCCGUCAAUUUUAGCCAACCACUUGGUUGCUGUAAUAUUUGUCCAGGUAAAACAUUGAUGGUUUUGGCRUCAUUUCUGGCUGGUCUUGGUGGUAUUCUCUUUGGUUAUGAUAUUGGUAUUGUAUCUGGUGCUGUAUUGCAACUACGGAAAGAAUUCACCCUGAGUUGUUUCCAGCAAGAAAUGAUUGUCAGUUCAAUGUUGAUUGGUGCAGUGUUAGCUUCUCUUACUGGAGGAUUUAUUGUAGAUUUUCUAGGUAGACGUCGUGCUAUCAUCAUAAACUCUGUUAUCUUCUUGGUUGGUGCUAUAAUAUUAGCAGUUGCUCAGAGUUAUCCAGUUCUGGUGUUAGGAAGACUGAUUGUUGGGUUUGGUGUGUCCUUAUCUGCUACUGCCGAGUGUAUCUACAUAUCUGAAAUAGCACCUGCUAAAUGGCGAGGGAUGCUUGUAUCUCUCAAUGAAUUAGGAAUAUGUCUUGGUCUCUUGCUCGCUUAUGUUGUUAAUUUUCUAUUCAUUGAUGUCCCAUCUGGUUGGAGAUAUAUGUUUGGUUUGUCAGGGAUUCCAGCCCUGGUCCAAGGAAUUGGAAUGUUUUUUCUACCACAAAGUCCAAGAUGGUUAAUAGUUAAUGGUCAGGAGGCAAAGGCUUGUACCAGUAUACACCAGUUACACUGGAUGGGUGAUCCAUAUGAAGAGAUGGCCAAAAUCAAGUCUGGCAUUCAUACUACACAUCAUUACAAAUUCAAAGACUUGUUCAGUAAGACAGACAAUAUGCGACAAAGAAUGCUUGUUGGGUGUGGUGUGAUAUUCUUUCAACAGUUUACAGGUCAACCUACAGUAGUAUAUUAUGCAUCAACAAUCUUCCAAGUUCUUGGGUUCCACAGUGGAGGAAAAGCUACUCUUGCCACUCUGAGUAUUGGUUUGGCCAAGCUCAUGGCUACUAUAGCUUCAUUGUUGACUGUGGACAGAGGAGGUCGCCGUCGGUUCCUGCUGCUUGGUUCAUCAGUGAUGUGUGUGAGCAUCCUUACUCUUGGCCUUGUGGUCCAUUAUCUACCRAUUGAGCUACACCCUUCUAACAAGUGCCAGUAUUCUGACACCUCUCCAAUGAACGUCAAUYACAACAGUAGCAUUACUACACUUCGCAUCCCGAGCACUUUAAACCCUUUGUCCAUCCACGCAACCUCCCAUGGCCAGAGUACUAGUAUUCUGACGAGGACGGAUUUUUCAUUGCCCAAGAARACUUCUCCUGUUARUCCUGGCUUGAAGUAUAUUUCACUUACUGCUAUGGUUCUGUUUGUUGGCGCAUACUCAUUUGGAUUUGGACCAGUUUCCUGGCUGUUGUUAAGUGAAAUAUUUCCCUCAGCCAUCAAGGGUCGAGCCUUUGCAUUCUCCACUGUACUUAACUGGGGCUCUAAUCUGAUCGUUUCCUUGACCUUCCUGGACCUUAUAAGCUCAAUAGGCACAUCAUGGACGUGUUAYCUUUACUCCUUUAUUGGGAUGAUAUCAGUCAUUUUCAUCUAUAAAUACGUACCAGAGACAAAAAACAGAACAUUAGAACAAAUAUCUGCUGAAUUCAAUUCCAGAAAAACAAGAAACGUCAUCCCCAAGUCACUGAUAAAAUGUCUAGGGACUAUGACGUCACGAGACGGUGUUCAGAGAAGACGGCCGUUUAAUACUGGGUCUGCUUCGGAUGUCUUGCUAGAAAAUGACUCUGGAGAGACAUGACGAGGACUGAGGUGCUGGCGAUGGUCAUGGAAUAGAACUAGGGUAUGACAUAGAUAGCGCUAGCUUUGGCUGUGCGAUAGCUCCAUGGUUUCAAACAACCACCCUUGAAAUGUGGAGAAUUACAAGCGUUGGGUUGCCUGUUGAUAUAGACUUGGUGGACGACCAGAAUUUUAAGCGUUGGGUUUCCUGUUGGUACAGGUAUAUGUGUCAGACGUGGAGAAGACCGACUGUGAAAAAUCCAAGUGCUGGGUUAUCUGAUGACACAGGUAUCUCAAGUGUCGACCACCGAAGUGCACGGAAAUAGUAAAAACUCCAAGUGAUGGUUUACUUGUUAACACAGGUAUCCCAAGUGGAUGAGAAUCGAGUAGAAGUAGAAAGUGGCCCACUCUAGCCGAGGAAUACGACAAAAUAACCGAAAAAAGCAAUAAUUGCUCGAAUUCAAGGAGCCAAUGAAAAAGCACGAAGUUCGACUCAGGCGUAGGCAAUUUUUAUUCAACGCUACUCUGAAAUUUAACCCACCAAAAAUGAUACAUUUAGGUCGUCACCUGGAUGGUUUAUUUGUUUAUUUAUUAACAAAUGAAUGGCUAUGAGAUAAAUCCURAUCAAAACACGACUUGAAUAAAUCAACGAAUCCCUGCUUCAUUAUGGAAAUACAAAUAUAGCCAUCCUAUYUAUGAUUAAGAAGACCGAUGCUUCUAUCAAAACUUCAAUAUACAUUAUAUAUAUCUGGUUAAACUAGUAUUGGGCUUCCUUUGUCCACAGGAAUCCCGUUCGAUAAAAUCGUACCUCGAGACCUGUACCUCAAGAAAUCACAAAUAAUUCCUAGAUUAUUUUUGCUAGGGCAAAUUCAGUUUACUUCUCUUUGGUUUCUUAAAGUUUCGUCUGAAUAGUGUAGAAUAUACAUCUGGAUCAUUGCCUUUUACACCUGGUGCUAGGACGUUCUGGCGGAGCAUUCUGGGAAUGUUUCCGGCCGGGCGGUAGAGUGCUACUAUGUAGACUGGACCAGACUGGUUCGUAGGGGUUCGAGCACAUCCGACUCCUAACUCCUUACUGUCCUUCCAUACUACCUGUGGACGGUAAAAAUGGAUUUGACCAUGAAAACUCCUCGAAACAGUGUCUGUGUGUCUGUGUAACCUGUGUGAAGGUGUCUGUGUGUCUGGCGGUAUAACCUGUGUGAAGCUAAGGUGUCUGUGUGCCUAUCUAACCUGUGUGAAGCUAAGGUGUCUGUGUGUCUGCCUUACCUGUGUGAAGGUGUCUGUGUGUCUGAUGGUCUAAUCCGUGUGAAGCUAAGGUGUCUGUGUGUCUGUCUAACCUGUGUGAAGCUAAGGUGUCUGUGUGUCUCUUACCUGUGUAAAGGUGUCUGUGUGCCUAUCUAACCUGUGUGAAGCUAAGGUGUCUGUGUGUCUGUCUUACCUGUGUAAAGGUGUCUGUGUCAGCAUUCAGUCUAGGGUCUGAGUAGCUGUAGUUUUUAGCUUGGCUGUACCAGAGGUUGGUUGCUAUCUCUCCAGCAUCGUCACAUGUCAUGAAACCUGCAAUGAAUGUAAUCAUUCAUCAAAUUGUUAAGUAAUGGCAUAAAUACUAUGGUUUCCAUCGAUCUAUUGCCCCCCGCACCAGGCGUUUCUCUCCUGGUUCUAUGAGAAAAGAGAAAGACAGCAACUUGAUGGGGGCGCAACAGGUCAGAUGAAGAAUAGACUGAUCUUUAUUUAUAUCUUACCUGCAAGCUUAGCGAGGUUUUGACCCAAAUUAACAGCCAUAUUUCGCUGGCCAGACGAGAACGACCCACCCCUCGCCAUGCUAUCGACUAUAGCUUGUGCUUGAUCAGCGAGCGAAUCUGACCAGUUUAAUGGAGGAGAGUGAUGGAUGCUGCGGUAUUURUUGUGUGACUCUAGCGCUGAAUGCGGUACAGUACUUUUGGAAUCUGGUAUGAACACUGAACAUAAAAGAUAACCAUGAUUWGGUUAGUUCUUUCUCAUGUGUUGCMGCUAGAGCAUCAGCAUMAGCAACAUACACAGASUCAGUGCAGCUCUUCUCUCACAAUUCUAAGGAAAUACAACUGCUGGUAAUGAGCAUUGCACAACUAAGUCUACAACACAAGUUCUUUCUCAUGUGUUGCAGCUAAAGUAUAAGCAUCAGCAACAUACAGGUGUGAAAAAAAGAAAACUGCUGUUGAUGAAAAAUGCACAACUGAGUGUACAACACAAGUAUAAGCAUCAGCAACAUACACAGACUCAGAGCAGCUCUUCUCUAACAGGUGUUAGGAAAGACAACUGCUGUUAAUKAGCAWUGCACAACUGAGUCUACAACAMAAGUAUAAGCAUCAGYAACAYACACAGACUCAGUGCAGCUYUUCUCUAACAGGUGUGACGAAAGACAAUGAGUCUGCAUAUGUUUUUUGCAACAGUUCAACGCCAAGCUUUUUUAAAACAUGCUCCAGCGACUUGUCGCCCUAGAGUGUGCUCUUGCGAGUAAUUUAUUAGAAAGUUAUUUAUUAUGUGCAUCAUUAUUUAUUUUUGUAUUUUCACUUAUUAUUUUUCUUUUUAUUCGUAUUCGUGAUGUGCAAAUACCUUGUAAAAUUCUACUGUAAGUUGGACCAGCAACUGGAGGUUUCCAAAUUGAAAUGUGAAAAUAUAAAAAAUAAAACAAGUUAGUAUAGUCACAAUUAUUAAAUGGUAGGAUAUU